AUGCAAGGCGUAUAUCCAAAGGGAAACAGCAAGUACUCACUUCCAAGGCCCUACUACCUCAAACCCAAGAAGGACAAUGGCAAGGUUGCCAGGAACUUCUUCACCACUCCCAAGAGAAAAUUGAUUGGAUAUGUGGUGUUAUUUUUCGUGUUUGCACUGGUAAUAUACAAUAUCACUCCAAGCCAGGCUGAAAAUGAUACUAUUCUUGAGCUGGAGACGGCUCCCGCCAGAAUAAACCUUGACGGUACUGUGGCUGCCGUGGGAGGAUCUUCUAAGGAUAGACCUAUAGACGACGAGGCUGUGGAUUCUGGUGCAGCCAAGCCUAGCAAGGUCAAGGGCAGGAAAGGCGAGGAUUCUGCAUUGAAUGUGGAUGAAGAUGAUGCACCAGCAGCCAAGGAGUUUCUGAAAGCUCAGCAGAAGUUGGAUAAGGAGGAUGCAAAGAAGGCUACUUAG